AUGGACAGCGUCACGCCACAGAAUGCUACUCACGCGUCAAAAGACGCUGGGUUAGACCCCGAUCAGAUCGCGCGCAUCGACCACUCCUACGAUCAAGCGGUCGGCACCGUCACUGAAUUUGAAAAACAAAAGACCGCAGAGGGUGAAGCUCGCUUCCAUCGAUUAGGAUGGAAGCGUCUUGCUGUCAUUCUCAUUGUUGAGGCCAUUGGCCUUGGAACAUUCAGUCUUCCAGGUGCCUUCGCGACACUCGGCAUUGUCGCGGGUGUCUUUUGCUGUAUAGCUCUUGGCUUUAUGGCUAUCUACACAGCAUGGAUCAUCGGAAAAAUCAAGAUUCUAUAUCCAUCUAUUCAGCACUAUGGAGAUAUCGGAGGUCUACUCAUGGGUCGCUUUGGAGAGGAGCUUUUUGGAGCUAUGUAUGUGCUUCAGCUGAUUCUCAUCACGUCCUCUUUCGUCCUUACCGGUAGCAUUGCCAUGAAUAUCUUGGCCGAUGGAAAGGUCUGCGGUCUUGCGUUCAGUGCAAUCUCAGGCUUCAUGCUCUUCAUUCUCGCCGUCAUGCCGUCGUUUGCAGAGGCUGCCAUCCUGGGAUACAUCGACCUGGUGUGCGUUAUGACCGCCAUUGGCAUCGCUGUCAUUGCCUCCGGAGUGGACGCUGCUGGCCAGCCAGGCGGUAUCGGUGCCUCAGACUGGUCAGCUUGGCCAAACCCUGAUGCAACUUUCAAAGAUGGUAUGGUGGCCAUUUGCAACAUCAUCUUUGCGUACUGCUUCGCCAUGUACAUGACGCCCUUCAUGUCCGAAAUGCAUACACCCGAGGACUUCAUGAAGUCUGUUUGGACACUGGGAAGUGUCGAGAUUUUCAUUUACACCCUGACUGGUUCCCUCAUCUACGUCUUUGUCGGCAAGGACGUAGCCAGCCCAGCACUUGAGUCGCUACCGGGUAUUCUCCCAAAGGUGGCCUUUGGCGUGGCACUUCCCAUGAUCUUCAUCUCAGGUGCUAUUGGCAACACAGUAACAGCCAAAUAUGUUCAUCUGAGAUUCUACAAGAAUUCGAUUGUGCGCUUUGUCAAUACACCCAAGGGCUGGGUCACUUGGCUGCUCACACUUGCUGGCAUCACUAUCAUCUCCUGGGUGCUCGGCGAGGCUAUUCCAUUCUUCAAUGACCUGCUUUCGCUCAGCUCAGCCCUUUUUGUUUCUGGAUUUAUUCUGUAUUUCCCGGCAGUUAUGUGGUACAAACUCAUCUGCAGAGGCAAGUGGUAUGCCAGAGAGAACAUCCUGCACGCUAUUGCUUGUAUCUUUACGUUCUUCUUUGGUCUUUUGGUUCUUGUCGGAGGCACGUAUGCCACUGCUAUGGAUAUUCAACAUCAUUAUGAAAUCGGGGCUUUCCGGACACCCUUUUCGUGUGAGGCUUGA